AUGGAUUUACAACAUCGCUCUGUCACGAUUCAAUCAGUUCAAAAAGUAACUGAAAUAAUUGCUGCCAAUCCUGGGGCCGCAAAGUCGUACCCAAAAGGUAGAAAUGAACCUUCCCCUUUGGAUAAACUAUGGAAUUUUGUCAAAUCGCCAUCUGGAAUAAUAUCUUCAAAUGCUAUUAACAAAUUGGUUGACCUUGUUCAAGAAGGAAUUGUUGAUUGGAUUGAUGCUCUUAACGGGUUAACGGAUGCAUUAUCGUUACUCUCAGGAAUUUCUCUUGAUAAUGCUAUAAUAGGUAUAGCUGAUAUAUUAUCAAACCAAGCGUACAUAAGUGAAUAUUAUUUUAAUCAUGGAAGGCAUCCUUUUAUCAUUGUGACAACAAUUAAGCCUGAACAAACAUGUACUAUUUUACUUUCUCAACUUGAAAAGAUUUUUGACAUAUCCAGAAUAAAGUAUGUUGAAAAAAAGUCAGUGUAUAUGGAAAAUUUAUUGAGUAUUAUGAAGCCAUAUUUUGAUCAUGUUUUGUUAGAUGGAAUGAAAGGAAAUAUUGAAUUUCAGAAGUAUUGGUCUUCAGUAUUAAUACACUUCUUAAUUCGUAUGAUAUAUCAAGAUGUUGCAGAGGAGUUUUACUGGACUUUCAAAGAACAAUUAUUAGAGUAUUUACUCUCUGUUGUUCAAAGAAUACCAUUGACGCCUAUUUUUGCUACCUCCACGAAAAAUUAUAUCACCUCCAAUUCUAUUUACAUUCUCAUGCAAUCUCUUGUUCAAGUUGUUGGUGUAAAUUUUGUUCGGAAUGGAUUGAGUACAGCAUUUUUACAAAAGUUUAACAAUGUCCUUGGAGUGCAGAUUUUGGCACUUGCUUGUGAUGCACGUCAUGCAAAUUUAUCAACAAAUUAUUAUGUUUCAUUAUUUUACAAAAUAAUAAUGCAUCAAGAUGAUUAUCUAUCACAAUCAAGUUUUAUUUUGAUCUGGCCAACGUUAUCUUUUUUGCUUCUUAAUACACAGUCUAGUGAUGACCAAUCCAUGAUCCUCGAGAUUAUGCAAAAAUUGAUCGAGCUCAAAUUAAAGAACAUUAAUGACAGAGCUGUUCCACCUGCAUUGAUUUGUGUUGCAAUUUUGCCCUUAUUCCAAGUAAUUUCUGAUUUGGAAAAAAGUGAGUCAAGGAAUAUUGCAUCCGAAAUACUCUUGAUUAUUCAAAAAUUUCAAACGUUACAAUACAUGCCUUUGGAAUUUAAUGAGAUAAAUUGUCUUGUAAAUUCCUUUUCUGCACAUUCCUUACAUGACUUCAAAACUUUGGAAUCAUAUUUUUCCACGCUAUUUUAUGUUCCUUACUUAUAUCAUCACGAUGUUUCCACAAGAAUUUUAGCUUUAAAUCAUCUAACUUCAAUAAUUAAUAGUGAUUUUAUUUUGAUUCAAUCACAAAAAUUUCCUAUUUUUUUGUUGUUUCUUUAUGUUUUGCGUAAUGAUAGUAGUACAUUGGUUCAUCUUCAUAUUUUACACCAUUCUUUACCUUCGUUGGUUUCAACUACCGAUUCAACUAUUACUGCAAAAGUUUUGAAAAUUACCAUGAAUCUUGUUAAUAAGCAGGAAAUAAACAAGGAAACAAAUUUAAACGCAUUUGGAAUCAGGAUGUUGUAUAAACUCUGGUUGAGGCAAAGAAGAUGUUGGAGACAAUUGCGAUUCAUAUUAUCGGAAUGGACAAAGAAAAGAAAAUUACAAGUCUCUACAUACGAUGACACUAAGAGUGAAGUUGAGUUGGCAGCUUUGUCAACUAUUAGAGAUAUUUGUAAAUCUAAAGGAAGGGAUUAUGCCGAAGAUUUACUUCCUUUCAUAUCAAGUUUACUUCAAUCUGUAAUUUUACAUCCAAAGAGCUUAUAUUUGAUCAUAGAAACGCUAAAUGCAUGUAUAGAGGCCAAAGUGGUAGAAACUAGGGCAGUUUGGAUCGUAUUAAUGUCUUAUAUUGCCGAUGCUAUUAUGCAAGCCAACAAUUUGAAUGUACAUUUAGUAUCAGGGUUAUGUCAGUUUUACAAAUUAAUUGUCCAGUAUGGAGAUGACACUGACGUUUACAAUGAAUUCAAGAAAAAUAUAUUAGAAUCAUACUUGUGUCCACUUAUAUUUCCUCAAAAAAAAUUGUAUACAUCAAAUCCAGACCAAGAAGUUCUUGUUGAUGAUUCUGUUUUGUUUAAAAUUCAGCAAGAUUACAAACUCCUAAAACAGGGCCUUAUUGCUAUUUCGCAAUAUAAUGCAACUGAUAUAUUGUCAAUCUUUCCCACAUCAUCUGAAAUAUUGCUAUCUCAAAUUUUUAAUUUGAAUGAGAGAUGUUGGAGUCUGAGUCAAGUUGAAGAAUGGCAAUUUGUAUUAAGUAAUAUCAUUUCACAUGAAGUCCAUAACAUGAGACGAAGUCUAUUAAAGGGCGUUUCUGUUGAUGUUAAUAGUGGCAAAUCAGCCACAUCAUCAUCCGAAAGUACUAAUCUCUUUCAAAGUAAAAAGGAUAAGGUGGCAUCUAUUGCUAUAAAAAUUGUGGACGACUGGGAAAAUGAUAUAGUUAGUCCUGGUUUACGAGCUGGAUAUUCAUUAGCUUCAUUGAUCUGUUUUAAUCCACAAAUUGAUGAUUCUGAUAAAUUGAAAUUACAAUCAUUAAACGAAUUAAAAGAUUUCAAAACCACAAGAUUUUAUAAAUUGAUGGCAAAUGCUAUUCAAGAUAUUAAAUUAACUGAUCAUUGGGUAAUCCGAUUAAGUAUUGUAACGGAUUGGUGCAAUUUUUUUGAAAAAGGUUUGCAAGAAGUGUUGUAUGCUACAGCAGAAAAGAACGGAAACGAAGAAAAGAUUUUAAAGAUUUUAAUGGAUGAUUUGAUGAAACGACUAGACGAAGCAAGGUUCCCUUUUACUUGUCAAAAUAUAAUUUUAGCACUUACAGGUUUAUGCCUCGCACUCAAAUCGUUAAAUAUAUUAUCAUGUCAACAAUAUGUUAUAACCACGUUGCGUCACUUUUUGGACCAUUAUUUCGUUGAUGCGAAUUUGGCGGUCAAACACCAAUACGAACAUCAACACCAGGAUUCAAGUCUUAUAACCAGUGAUGACGUUCAAUUCGCUGUCGCAAUGGCUUUGGGAUAUUUAUCCACAUUGGUAAUUAUGAAUGAAAAAUUAGUACAAGAAGUGGUCGAUAAUUUAGUUACAAAAUUAAGUGAAGAUACAACUUCUACAACAGGAUGGACUUUAUUUGGUGCAGGAUAUUCGCUUGGAACACUUUUAUCAUAUCUUGCUUCAUCUCCAAUGAAGACGUCUUUAAUGUCAAAUAUUUGUUCGCAAACAAUGUCAUUUCUCUACGAUUUCAUUUCAAAUUUACCUUCAGAUGAUUCAGAGCAAACUAAUUCACGCUUAGGUGUUAUGAUUGGACUUUCAAACGUUGAUUGUGAUGAUGAACCAGAAGCUGAACGAAUAUAUCAAAUGGCAUUAUCCGAUUUAAAGAAAUUUGUUGAAAGUGAUGGAAAGGUUGAUAAACAUAUCAAAAAUAGGAUUGCUGGAUCCGCAUGGUUUGUUAGUUUUUCGAGAGGUAGGAAUCUGAACGAAGAAAUUAUUGAAAUUUUGGAAAAAGCAACAAAAAUUUCGAGCGCUAAAAGCGAGAUGUCCGAAUAUUAUUUUCAUUUUUCACAAUCUUAUUCGCAUGCUUUACAAGAUAUUCUCCAAGUAAAGCAAUCGUCGCAUAACUUAUCAUCAUUUAACGCACAUUUAAAUUCAUGUACUCGCACGCUUACAACAAUCGGUACAAAUACAUCGAAACGGCAUACUGCUUUGAUAACAAUAGGAUCACUUGCAGGUGUUGACUACUUUACACUUCCUUAUCAUGCACGAAAUAGAAAUUUUUAUUUCUUUUCCUCAGCUUCUUCUGCUAUUGUUACGCAAGUUUUGGAUGCUUUGCAAAAUGUUGCAGGACUUGGAUCACAUAAUUCAUCUUCAGGAAUGAUUAUGAGCGAUGUUAAAGGUGGAAGAUUAGCUGUAAUUAUUUUGGGACAAUUAAUGCGGGUUGUCGAAAGAAUAUCCGAAAAUACCGCAAUGCUUAUCGGUGAUUCUGCGAGGUCUGUUACGAGCAGUACUGAACCUAAAGACUAUACCAGACUACCUGCUUCAAGUUAUUUGAAAUUUAUGUUUGAUCAUCUUGUAGGGCUUUCAUUAGAGAACCGUCCAUCAGACUCAUCUAUUGAAGCAGCGAGUUUGAUUAUUUCCACAUUCUCUAAAAUAAGUACUAUUCUUCCACCAGUAAACUGGUUUCCUCUUCUUGUGCGAUUCAAUGAACCUACUUAUAUGAAAUUUGAUUUGAGAUUUCAAAUUGUUAUAAUGGCAAUACGACAUUGUUCUCGUUCAAUAUCAUUAAUGGAAUUCCUUGUACACACAUUAAUCGAGUUCCCAAUUAUAUGUUCAGAUGGUAAUGUUGAUAUAAAAUUUAAAACCUUACUUAUUCGUGAAGGACUUGGAAAAAUUCUUGAAUUAUGUGGAUUUGAAAAAGUCAUUAAUGAAGCAGAGGACAAACAAUCUACUCAGAUGCGAGGAGUAGAAAGUAUUGCAAAAAAAGUAGUAGUACCAAAUUUAAGAGUAUUAGAUAUUGUUGAUAAAAUGACAUCUUACUUAUUUGGCAAUUCAGUUAGUCCAGAAAAUGAGGAAUUACAAGUUAUUUUCCUUACCACAAUGAAUGAAUACAUUUCAGUAAUAAACACUAAAGACGCACCAUCUGUUGGAGCUUUAGUUUCGCUUCAACAAGAACUCAUUAGUUUAUUGAAAGUUAUUUAUUAUGAGCUUCCUACGCCUUUAACAGAAAAGCAGGCCCAGAUAAUUCGUCUUGUAGCACAAUCUUGCGUUUUCGGCAUUGAAGAUAUAGAAGACAAUUUAAUAAAGAGCACUGUUACCAUCUGUACAAUGUCUGAAUUAGGCCGUAUUGAUAUUACAAAGCAUUUAGCAAGGGUUUUGCAAAAUUGUUUGACUACCUUUAAUGAUAAAACUCAAAUUAAAACUUUACCUUAUUCCUUUCCUUUUGCAUGGAUACAUAGGGCUAUUUAUGUUGACAUACAUGGUAAUAAUAAAUCUGAAAAUGACAAAAGAAGGUUAUGCUUGGAAUGGUUGGUUAGACUAUUAGAUGUAGUAAUAGUAACAACUAGUCUACCACUGCAAAAAAAACAAUUACAUCUUGGUGAGAGUAUAUUGGAGUGUGGAGUCAAUAUAGUAUUAAGUGGAUUGGUAAAUUUAUGUUGGAAGGAAUCUCCAAACAUAAUAAUGAAUAAGAUACAACCAUCUAUAUUUACUGAUUAUGAAGUUUGGAAUGAAAAAUUUAUGAAAAUUUUGCAAGAUAUUGUUAGUGUACGAAAACUGUCAAUGUUGAUACCUAAUGAAUUUACUUCUAAUGAGGACUCAAUGGAAAUUGUACAAAAGAAGGUUAUCAAGAGGUUGCUUAAGCUUCUUGAACUUAGUAAAGAGAUAACAUCAAAAGAUAGAGAGUUUUAUUUUAUUUUUUAUUCAAUUUUAAUACGUUUAAAAGCUUUUAUUUCAGAUGAGGAUUAUCAAUUAUUGUUAAUUAGUGAUAUUUCAUACUACAGUAUUUAA